AUGACCAAAAAGUUCUAUUUUGGUGUCAUCUGACCACAUGCCUUUGUCCCAUGACUCCUCUGGAUCAUCCAAAAGGUCAUUGGCAAACUUAAGACGGGCCUGGACAUGUGCUGGUUUAAGCAGGGGAACCUUCCGUCAUGUUUUCAAACCAUGACAUCUUUUUGUAUUACCAACAGUAACUUUGGAAACGGUGGUCCCAGCUCUUUUCAGGUCAUUGACCAGCUCCUCCCGUGUAGUUCUGGGCUGAUUUCUCACCUUUCUUGGGAUCAUUGAGAACCCACGAGGUAAGAUCUUGCAUCGAGCCCCAGUCUGAUGGAGAUUGACAGUCAUGUUUAGCUUCUUCCAUUUUCUAAAGAUUGUUCCAACAGUGGACCUUUUUUCACUAAGCUGCUUGGGAAUUUCCCCGUAGCCCUUUCCACGCUUGUGGAGGUGUACAAUUUUGUCUCUAGUGUCUUUGGACAGCUCUUUGGUCUUGGCCAUGUUAGUAGUUGGAUUCUUACUGAUUGUAUGGGGUGGACAGGUGUCUUUAUGCAGCUAUCGACCUCAAACAGGUGCAUCUAAUUUAGGAUGAUAAAUGGAGUGGAGGUGGACAUUUUAAAGGCAGACUAACAGUUCUUUGAGGGUCAGAAUUCUAGCUGAUAUAGACAGGAGUUCAAAUACUUAUUUGCAGCUGUAUCAUACAAAUAAAUAGUUAAAAAAUCAUACAUUGUGAUUUCUGGAUUUUUUUUAGAUUAUGUCUCUCACAGUGGACAUUCACCUACGAUGACAUUUUCAUACCCCUUCAUGAUUUCUAAGCGGGAGAACUUGCAAAAUAACAGGGUGUUCAAAUACUUAUUUUCCCCACUAUGUAUAUAUGUAUGAAUGUUUCUGAAAUGUCCAUAGGUAUAAAACACAUAAAUAAUUGUUUUCAAUAUUUCUGAAAAGUGGAUGUGUGUUCUUCAUAAUAGACCAAUUUGGACAAAGGACUUCUCUAGAUAAUCUAGUUAUCAGAUUGAGUCACCCUGCAUGCCUGUUUACACUGCAGUACUGGAGUGUGCGUGUAUGUGUGUGUGUAAGACAAUCUGCAUACUGAGUGACUAAAUUGGGUAACAGUGCAAUGAAACAGCUGUUGGUAGAGAUCAGUUAGACAGUCUGAGUCCGGGCGGCCAUGUUUAUGAACACUCUUCAUCGAUUUGGCGGGCAGGUCAGAAAAGAAAACGAUGGCUCGUAAAUACAGCAGGAAAGAAUAUCUGUCUGUAAAAGACCUGCAAAAAGUUUUGAACUCGUGUAAGUUAGAGCUACACCAAAUCGAUGAGGUCUGGCCAAACAUUUACAUCGGCAACGUAGGAAUAGCUCAGAACAGAAGUGCCCUGCAGAAACUUGGCAUCACUCAUAUUCUGAACGCUGCCCACUCCAAAAGAGGAAGCAUUGGGGACCAAAACUACUACGGCACCAAUUUUGUGUACUGCGGUAUCCCUGCUGAAGACUCCACAUACUUUGACUUGGACGUUUAUUUCAAGCCAGCAGCAGAUUUCAUUCACAAAGCCCUUCAUGCUCCUGAUGGGAAGGUUCUGGUGCAUUGCAUCAUGGGAAUGAGCCGCUCCUCGACGCUGGUGCUGGCAUACCUGAUGCUUUAUCACGAUAUGCCUUUAUACAAAGCUUUACAGCGUGUCAUCCAGAAACGAGCCAUAUAUCCCAACAAAAACUUCUUGGCAUUGCUGUUGGACCUGGACCUACAGAGGAAAAGGAAGCACAGAACAUGUGUCCUGCUGUGAGGAAACAAAAACACUGCUGCUUUAAAUGAUGAACUAUCAUAAUAUAUUUAAUAUAUUUAAAAGAGAGUUAUGAAAAGUGGAUUUCUGGACCAAUAAGAUUUCAGCGUGCUACCUAACACAACCCUGGAGAAACCAAUCAAGUGUCAUGUCUGUGCCACUGGCAUGUGUAUGAUACAGAGUAAAAUAAGAUUUUUGCUUAAGAUAGACAAUAAAACAAUUUUAUAAAUCUCAGAGGAGCAAUUUAAUACAUUAACACUUAGUGAGAAAUGUUUAUCUCCUUACACUCACACAAUAACAGAUACACAACCCUACCUCUCCAACGAUGUACAGAUUACACUGGAUACAACACAACAUAUAAAUGGACCAAAACACUAAACAAUCUAUUUAGACAUACAUACAUGUAUGUGAAACAAUAAUGUACAUUGAAUAAUAUGUUACAAACUUUAAAAAUUCAAA